GUGGGGCAGACGUGUGGGGCAGGGCCUCCCAGCCCGGGAUGGGGUGACACCUCUGGGACCGGGCCCACAGCCCCCCCAGGAGGGCAGAGGGGCUCAGCCCCCAGCCUGGGGCUCUGCCAGUGCCCAGGGGAGGGAAGGGGGGAGCCAGGCUGGGUCCCGCUGAGCCCGCAGUCAGUGGGGGCAUUCAGGGCCAGGGCUGCAGCCAGGGACGGAGCGGGGAUCAGCGUGCCCCAUACACCCCGCUCACAGGCUCCCCUCGGCCCCCCUGCCCCAGCGAGGACAUGAACGCUCCAGGGGACAGCGAGGAGCAGCAGCUGGCGCGCCCAGCAGUGGGGGGGUCCCGGGGGCUGCGUCAGCACCGCACUGUCGAAGCCUCGUCUGCCGGACCCUGCUGCGAUGGCUCGUGUGCAGGUGGCUCUUCGCAUCCGUCCGAUGAGCGCGGCCGAGCUGGCGGAGGGGGCCAAGCCCAUCGCCCACUGCGUGGACCAGCAGGUCGUGGUGCUGCAAGACCCCAUGGAAGACCCCGAUGACAUCCUGCGCACCAGCCACUCCCGGGAGAAAUCCUACGUCUUCGACAUGACCUUCGACUCCACGGCCACCCAGGAGACCGUGUACCGUGCCAUCACCCGGGACCUUGUCACAGGCGUCGUCUCCGGCUACAACGCCACCGUCUUCGCCUACGGCCCCACCGGCUGCGGGAAGACCUACACCAUGCUGGGCACCGACAGCGAGCCCGGCAUCUGUGCCCGCACGCUGGCUGACCUCUUCCAGGCCAUCGAGGAUGCCAGCGGUGACAUGGAGUAUGAGGUCACCAUGUCCUACCUCGAGAUCUACAACGAGAGGAUCCGGGACCUGCUGAACCCCUCGCUGGGCUGCCUGCAGCUGCGGGAGGACGCCAGUGGUGUCAUCCAGGUGGCCGGCAUCACCGAGGUCUCCGCCAUCGAUGCUGACGAGGUCAUGCGGCUGCUGGCCCGGGGGAACAGGCGGCGGACACAGGAGCCCACGGCCGCCAACCGCACCUCGUCACGCUCCCACGCGGUGCUGCAGGUCACCGUGCACCAGUGGCACCGGGGUGGGGGGCUGCGCCACGGCCGCCUCCUCAUGAUCGAUCUGGCGGGCUCCGAGCGGGCGGCGCAGACGCAGAACCGUGGGCGGAGGAUGAAGGAGGGAGCCCACAUCAACCGCUCGCUGCUGGCCCUGGGCAACUGCAUCAAGGCCCUGAGCCGCCAGGCGAGCACCAAGUACAUCAACUACCGCGACAGCAAGCUGACCCGCCUGCUCAAGCACUCGCUCGAGGGCAACAGCCGCGUGGUGAUGAUCGCCCACAUCAGCCCAGCCAGCACCGCCGUCGAGGAGUCCCGCAGCACCCUCGCCUACGCCCACCGCACCAAGAGCAUCCGCACCACGGUGAGGCACAACCUGCUCAGCAUCUCGUACCGCGUGGCACGGUAUGGCAGCGUUGUGGCUGACCUGCGCAGGGAGACCCAGCGCCUCGAGGGCCCUGAGGACGCAGAGCCGGGGCAGGGCGAGCGCCGGGACAUCCCCUACAUCUGGGCCCAGGUUCGGCUGCUUGGUGCCCGCCGCGAGCAGGCGGCCCUGCGCCAUGUCCUCCGGCUGGAGAGCACCGCGCUGCGCAGCCGGCAUCUGCUCGGUCUCGCCCACAGGACGCGACAGGGCUGGCAGCGGAGCAGGGAGGGACAGGGGGAGCCGGACAGCCCCGGUGACAGCAAGAGGGACUGGGACAUGGGGGAUAAGCGAUUGGAUGUGCCAGAGCCACCCGACGUGGCCGCUGCCCAUGAGAGCAUUGCGGCUCUGGUGGAAGAGCAGGGCAGGCUCCAGCAGCAGAAGGAGCUGGCGCGGCGCUUCCGGCAGAGCCAGCAUCACACGCGGCGGCUGGAGGAGACCCUGCGGCACCGGAGCAGCUCGGCGGAGCAGCGGGAGGUGCAGACCCUGCUGUGCCGCCUGCGCCAGCUGGAGCUGGAGACGGCAGAGACGCGGUCCCGCACCCUGCUCCAGGGCGGCCUCCGGCACCCGCCGGCUGCAGCAGCGCAGCGCUUUGACCAGCACCAGCCCCUCUGUGCCCGCAUCAUCCAGCAGCAGCAGCAGCUCAUCGCCGACCACCGGCUGUCGGUGCCGCGGCCGCUGGAGGAGCUGUAUGAGACCUACCUGCGGGAGCUGGCGGGGCACCUCAGGGGCACCGGCACCCUCAAGGGCAUGGCCCUGCCCAGGAUUCCGCAGGCGAGCGGCGCAGCCAGCCUGCCGGACACAGACCGGGACAGCGUGUGGGCACAGAGGUGUGAGCACCCCACGCCGCCGUGGCAAGGGUCCCACCAUGACACCCUCCCACCCCUGCACCCCGUGGGGCACAGGUACAGCACCCCGACCCCCAUGUUCAGGAAGAUCCGGUGGGCACAGCGGCUGGGGAGCGUGGUGGUGCCCACCCCACCUCCUGGCUGGGGCAUGGUGGCCCAGGAGGUGAGUACGGCUGUGCCCACAGCACCAAAGCCCCAAGGUGGGGACGCUUAUGGGUGCCAUGGGUCCCGGCAGCGCACGCCAUGGGCCAGCCUGAGCAUCCGGCAUGAUCCCUCCCCGGGCAGCGGGACCAGCUCGGAGGCGGUGGUGGCAGCGGGCAGGGAGCACUGGGAGGUGUCAAGCAGCACCAAGAGCAUUGUGGCUAAUGCCGCUCAGCACCGGUCCCGCAUCCCAGAAAGCAUCCGCCUGCACCCGCCGAGGCCUGCGGAGGAGCGGGGUGGCCCUGGGCUGUGGCACACUGGUGGUGAAGACAGGCUGGCAGGGACGGCUACCCGCUCCCCGGGCGCCUGGCUGCGGGAGCACGAGAAGGGUGGCAGGGAGCAGGGAAAGAGGGAGGAAUCACUGGAUGGCAGAAGGAGAUCAAGGUGGUCACGGUCCUUCAAGGUCACCGGCUGUGGGCGCUCUGCCCACGGACCUUCUCUCUGGCAGCGCAGCCCCCGGGGCUCCUCGCCGCCAUCCCCCGUGCUGCAGAGCUCCGAGUGCACCAUGCCAGCGGGGGUGCAGGCAGCCGGCACCCAGGGACCCCCACCCCAAGCCCUGCCUGGAGCAAAGCCCCCGCACAGCCAGCUGCCAGGUGAGCCCCCGGCUGGGGACGGGGUGCAGGGGCCAUCACCCAGCCCAGCACCCGGGGCUGCUGCUAAGCGCCCCUUCCCCGGGUGCUGGGGACCCCUCUCCCAGUGCCGCCCCCCCAGCUCCCCGCCAGCCCCUGCGACUCGGCUGCGUCAGCAGGAACGGUCGGGGCCAACGGCAAGGGCGGAUGGAGUCACCAUUACUGAGCCAAGCACCUUGCCAGAGGGGCACUGGACCCUGUGCCAAGCCAGCAGGAUGAGUGCCCGUCCUGCCAGCCCCAGCGCCCCCAGCGCCGUGCAGCCCCCCGGUGCCAGCCCUGCUGGGGGCGAGGGGCAGGGGCCCAGCCCUCCCCGUGCCAAACCCACCCCAAGGCAGGCACCCAAGUCAGUGACCCCGGCAGAGCCACGCGGAUGCUUCGGGAAGGGCCCCUGUGGGUGCUCAGCACCCAGGGGAUGCUGCCGGCCACCCAGCACCGCCGGGCAUGGAUGGGGCGCAGGGCAGCUGGACGGGUGUUUUCCUUGCGGGGGGUUACAUUAAAGAGGUGUGCUGAGCCAGAGUGGUGUGACGGCCGUGCACAGCCCGACGCACCCCUGCCCGUCC